UUGUUGACUCGUCGGACAGAAAAGGAGAUGCACCGACUUUCAUGUAUCUCGUCUCGUAAAAUAAUAAUAUGAACGUCCUGUGGUUGUUUUAUAAUAUAUCUAUAUAAUUUAUAGACAGUAUAGGUGUGUGUAUGGUUACAUGACUAUGUCGUUGAUUUAGUUAAAUGUCUUGCUCAUUACUUGCAUAUCUGAUCUAUUUUAAUCGCAAAUCUGUCAGAAGCUGCGUGCUGUCAUUGGGCAGGAGGUCAGUUAAUGAGUGCCUCUAAAUACAUUUAGGAUGUCUGAAUUUGGCAUAGAAUCAAAUCACUCCACAGAGACUUGUAAGCAGGGAUCAGCUGGUGACAGUGCUUUUAAAAAACGACUCGGUAUUUUUGCAACUUGUGUCGUGGGAGGGUCAUUGGUCGCUCUGUAUGCGGUGACCGGACCGUUUGUUGCACCAGCAUUGAGGAAAGUUUGUCUCCCAUUUGUACCUGCAACAAGGACUCAAAUCGAAAACGUUUUUAAGGUUUUGAAAACUAGAUCAGGGUCUCUGGUGGAUAUCGGCAGCGGAGAUGGACGGAUAGUUAUCGCUGCGGCAAAAAGUGGUUUCAAGGCAGUUGGCUUUGAGCUGAACCCAUGGCUGGUCUGGUACUCCCGAUACAAAGCCUGGAGGGAAGGUGUUCAUCACAACACAUCUUUUUAUAUUUCUGACCUUUGGAAGGUCAGUUUUUCAGAGUACUCCAAUGUGGUCAUUUUUGGCGUUCCUCAAAUGAUGGAGCAGCUUGAAGUCAAGCUCCAAACAGAGCUCCAGAGUUCAGCCAAAGUCGUGGCUUGUCGCUUUCCAUUUCCCACUUGGACUCCUGAUGAUGUCGCUGGAGAGGGAAUUGAUACUGUUUGGGUUUAUAAUGCCAAGACAUUCAAACCUCCCAUCAGAAAUGACGAAGACAGUGACAGACAAGAACUAAUGACAAACUAAGUUUCUUUAAAGAAACAUUUCUUUCUUUAUUGACCAACAUUUUGUUAAUUACACCUAAUUAAAUAUCCCUGUGUUUUAGUAAAGAAAAGAAUGAAUUUGUUUUUUCUGCAUUUGUAUUAUAUGACAAUGAAAAGGAUCAUAUAUAUA